CCACUGUUAGAUGAUAAAUAGUACCAGCAGUGCGUGCAUUCUGCCAGCAACAGCAAAACAAGGGGAAAAAACACCAACCAAUGCGUUUCUUCACCGUUCCUCCAGUCGUGCUGCAGCUGUUCGUGCUGCUCAUCUUGGCCUCUCCUGCCACCGCAUGCACCGAGCAGGAGAAGCGCAACCUCCUCGGUUUCCUUGCCGGGCUGUCGCAAGAUGGCGGCCUCGCCACGUCGUGGUGUGACAAUGGCAUGGACUGCUGCGAGUGGGAAGGCAUCACCUGCAACGGAGACGGGGCCGUUACUGAGGUUUCCCUGGCAUCUAGAGGACUUGAAGGGCGCAUCUUGCCAUCCCUUGCCGACCUCGCCAGCCUGCAGCGUGUCAACCUCUCGUACAACUCCUUCUCUGGUGGCCUUCCUCUGGAGCUCAUGUCCUCUGGAAGCAUCAUCAUCCUCGACGUCAGCUUCAGCCAGCUCAACGGACCGCUGCCCGAGCUGCCAUCUUUGGUUACCGCCGACAGGCCUCUGCAGGUACUCAACAUCUCAAGCAACCAAUUCAGCUCAGAAUUUCCAUCAGCCAUAUGGAAGAUGACGAAGAAUCUGAUCGCGCUCAACGCCAGCAAUAACAGCUUCACUGGGCACAUACCGUCUUCUCUUUGCCUUGGGUCGCCAUCUUUGGCUUUGCUUGAUCUCUGUUACAACCGAUUGAGUGGUGAUAUUCCCACCACACUCGGUGAUUGCUCCAAGCUCAAAGUUCUCAAGGUUGGCCAUAACAACCUAAGUGGAACUCUCCCUGUUGAAACCUUCCGUGCUACCUCGCUAGAGUACCUCUCCUUACCCGACAAUGGUUUACAAGGAGAACUUGAUGGAGCACACAUGAUCAAACUCAGUAAUCUGCUUACUCUUGACCUUGGAGGGAACCAUUUCGGUGGCAACAUCCCAGAGUCCAUAGGUCAGCUCAGGAGUCUGGAGGAGCUCCAUUUGGGUAGCAAUAACAUGUCUGGGGAGCUGCCAUCAACUAUGGGGAACUGCACAAAUCUCAAAACCAUUGAUCUGAAGUUCAACAACUUCAGUGGAGACCUAGGCAAGGUAAAGUUCGCCACCCUACAGAAUCUAAAAAGUUUAGAUCUCAUGAGUAAUAAUCUCAGUGGCAUGCUUCCAGAAAGUAUUUAUUCAUGCAGAAAUUUGACUGCACUGCGGCUGUCGUACAACAAUUUCCAUGGUGAGAUAUCCCUGAGAAUAGGUAAUCUGAAGCACUUGUCCUUCCUAUCACUUGUUAGAAAUUCCUUUACGAACAUCACAAAAACUUUGCAUGGGCUUAAGAGCUGUAAGAACAUCAGCGUCCUGCUUAUUGGAAAAACCUUCAUGAAUGAGGUCAUGCCACAAGAUGAAACCAUUCAUGGUUUCCAGAAUCUUCAACACCUCGCCAUACACCAGUGUUCGUUGACUGGAAGGAUACCUAUUUGGUUAUCAAAGCUCACAAAUCUGAAGAUGCUAGACUUAUACAGCAAUCAACUCACAGGACCAAUGCCAAGCUGGAUCAACUCCCUAAACCACCUCUUUCGGCUGGAUGUAUCUAACAACAGUCUUACUGGGGAAAUCCCAAUCACCUUGAUGCAGAUGCCAAUGUUUAAAUCAGAUAAGGCCGCCGUCUAUUCGGACCCAAGCCUCCUUGACCUUGAUCUAAUUAUUUAUGUUGCGGAAUCAUCAACACUUCAAUACCGGAUAGACAGUGCUUGGGCCAAAGUGCUGAAUCUCGGCAAGAAUAAAUUCACAGGUGUGAUUCCACAAGAGAUUGGUCAGCUGAAAGCACUCCUUUUCCUGGACUUGAGUUCCAACAACUUUUAUGGAGUGAUCCCACAAUCAAUCUGCGACCUCACGAACCUCCAGCAACUAGAUCUGUCUAAUAACCAUCUGACGGGUGAAAUUCCUGCAGCAUUGGAGAUCCUUCGCUUCCUUUCACAAUUCAACAUUUCCUACAACGACCUAGAAGGACCUAUUCCAACAACAGGCCAGCUGAGCACGUUUCAGACUUCUAGUUUUGACGGGAACCCAAAGCUGUGUGGCUCUCUGCUUAUUAGAGAUUGCAGUUCAGUCGAAGAAGCUCCCGUGCACAUCAUCUCUGCAAAAGAAUGCAGCACUAAGGUCAUCUUUGCCAUUGCCUUUGGUUUGUUCUUUGGGGUAGGAGUGCUAUAUGACCAGUUAGUAUUAUUCAGAUAUUUUGGCUAAGCGUCUAGUAUCCUGAUAUUUUGUUCACAUCUUUGUAUACACGUGCAACGGGUCUUAAUAAUGUAUUAGUUGAAUCUUUAGAAGUUGAAUAUUUUUGCCAAACCAAUCUGUGUGCCCAUGUUAUUUGUAGAAUGCAUGUUUCUGAAAGAGUGCACAUGCAAAGUAGU